AUGGGCAUCGAACUCCCCGCAUACAUCCUCGGCGCGCUGACAGCCGGCGGCGGAACAAUGGGAUAUGUCAGGACGGGCUCUAUUCCUUCUAUUGUAGCUGGCGUAACAGUUGGCACAUUGUAUCUCUUCGGCGGCUAUCGCAUCCAGAACAAACAGCCAUGGGGCGUUGAGCUCGCUCUGCUUGCCUCAGUUGUCCUUGCAGGCUCGUCGAUUCCUCGAGCGUUGAGAACUCAGAAGCCGCUACCAGCGGGAUUGAGCGCCUUGGCUUUGUACGGGCUGUAUACAUUUGGGAAUGCAUUUAGGACCAAGAAGUAG